AUGAUAGUUAUCACAUGGAACUGCCAAGGGGCGGCGUCUAAAGGGUUUAUUAGAGCCGCCAAAUGGAUGAUCAGAAGCCACAACCCCGACAUUCUUUGCCAUAUGGAAACAAAAACCUCGGGCACUAAUGCGGAUGAUGUCUGUAAGAAGCUUGGUUUCGACAAAUGGGCUCGUGUCGAAGCCCUUGGUUUUAGCGGGGGGAUUUGGAUCCUCUGGUAUGAUGAUUUAAACAUCGAGAUCCUAUCUUCCCACCCCCAGUUUAUUCACAUGGCUGUCGAAGGUAAAAACAACAAUAAAUGGACUUCCAUGACAGUUUAUGGAAGUCCGUCUUUGCACCUGCGAAAACGGCUUUGGAAUGAUCUCAGACAGAAUAAAACAAAGGUGAGUGGUCCCUGGCUUAUUGCGGGGGAUUUUAAUGCAGUCAUCAGCAACGAGGAAACCUCUAACCAUGAUGGAGGAACAAGCCACAGAAACGAGGAUUUCAAGAACUGGAUUUUCAAUGAAGGCCUUGUCGACCUUGGUUAUACAGGCCAGCCUUUUACUUGGAAGCGGGGAACUGAUCUUUCGAUGUUCAGAGGGGCUAGACUUGAUCGAGCACUAUGCUCGAUGGACUAG